AUGGAUAGCCCAGAAGAAAAAAUUGCUUUAGGCUCAGUAAUACAUAACAGUGAGAAUGAUUCAAAAGGGGGUAAUAUUCCAAUGGAAGCAAAAUAUGCUCAGGAUAUGACAUCUGCUAGAAUUACAAGAAGCUAUGUGAAGAUGAUUUCACAAAGUGUUAAUAGUAAUUCAACAGAUAUAAAAUUUAGGAAGAAGAUUAAAUUAAGUAACGAUACUUGUAAAUUUUGUUCCCAGUCAACUGAGAACACUAAAUACAAUGUUAAAACAGACAGUUUUUUCUCGAAUGCAAUACCCGAACGCCAAGGAAUUAAAUAUGUUCACAAAAUAGAAGAUUCUGAUAAUGAUGAAACUGUGUUCAAGCUAACAAAUUUUGUAAUUCACUGCAAAAAUGGUCAUUUGGUUUCAUUAGAAAGUGAUUUAUUAGAACAGUCAAAAUUAUUUUUUACGGGCGUUUUGAUACCUAUUUUAGAUGAAAUGCCCAUAAAAUCAAAUGAGAUAAAAAUUAUUUCUGAGCAGCCUAUUUGUGAAUGGUUUAUUUCUGGAUUUGAUGGCGGUGAACUCUGUUUGAUUGGUAUUACAACGAGUUAUGGAUAUUAUUAUCUUUUAAAUCCCUUACCAGUAUACAAAGAAUAUAUUCAAGGCAUAUUGUAUAAAGGUGAAGUAACAAAACUAGUUGUUGAAUAUGUAUUGGACUAUGGGUAUCUAGAUCCAAGCUACGAAGAUAUGUGUACAUUUGUUGACAGCCAACCGAAGUAUCUCUCCAAUAAUAAAAAAAUUAUUAUUGAUGAUGUUAUCAAUAAUGGUAAAUUUAUCUGCAAGCAGAUUUACCAUAUUGAUAAUGAAGAGCAGAAUGAAUUCAUGCUGUCUGAUAUUUCAUGCGUUCGUACUUUGGCAAAAUUAAGUGGCGUCAGUUUAAGUAAUAUAUGCAGAUCAAAUACACCUCACUCACUGAAGCAGUUGAAAAAAAUGAGGAAAACUGUAACCACUCCGGCUGUUCAUGAAGUUUUCAAUUCUUUUAUCAGUAGCAUUAAUGCACAUAUGGACUUCUCUAAAUGUGAUGAGCAGAAAGUUAAUCAUAGUAAAAUUGUUAAAUGGAAUUGUGAUGGAACUGCCUACAAAGAUAUUGGUACUAUUAUACUUAAUUCUGGUGACUGUGUUUUAUUGAAAUCAUUCAAUGGCAAAGAAAAUAUAAUUGCUUGUAUUACAUAUUUUUUUGAAAAGGCCUGCAUUAAAAGAUUUCAUUGUCAAUUUUUUGCACGAAAUUGUGACAUUAUAUUGCAAGAAGCAGGAAAUUCAAGAGAAAUAUUUUUGACUGAUAUUUGCCAGACACUGGAUUUGAAAUUAAUAAUCAAGAAGGUAUCAGUAAUUUUUAAAGAAUCUUGGAAUAAUGAUUAUUUAAACCAGGAUAGAAUUGAAAGUAUAAAUAUUAAUAAUUCAGAUUUAUUUUACAGCAAGUUAUAUCAAGAGGAAAGUGGAUCUUUUAUUAAUGCAGAUAAUAUAAUAAAAUUAAAUAAAAAUUCUGAUUUUGAAUGCAUCAUAUGCAAUAUGAGAGAUUUGAAACCAAAACCUGUUUUAAUAAAUGAUAGUACUAUAUUGUGGAAUGAGGAAAGAUACUCUACUGGUGAUUUUGUUAUUUUGGAAUGCCGAAUGCAGUCACAGAAUAGGAACAGUGAUGCUUCUCAAAAUAAAGUCAAUGACUUUUGCGAUGAAAAUUUAUAUACGGAAUUCUUUAGAAAAUCUGAUGUGCCACACGAGAGUAGUUCAAGCCAACCUUUACAAAUUGGUUACAUAAAAAGUAUUCUGCAGAAAACUAGGAAAAGUGAUAGUGGUUCAGAAAUAUGGUUGAAAUUAUUAAAAAUGUAUAGACCAGAAAAUAUUACUGGUGGAAUUGAAUAUAAAUUUGAAGUGAAUGAAAUUAUUUGGUCCUAUGAGGAAUUUGAUACUAAAGCGACUAAUAUAUAUAAGAAAUGCUAUAUUUCAUAUAUUAAAAAUUUACCUCAAAAUCCGGAUGAAUGGGUUGCUGCAGGUCCAUUACGGUUUUAUUUUAUUAAGAUGCUAAAUGAUAAAUAUGAAAUGAACGAGGUUUCAGGCUUCUGUUUGCAAAUUCAAUCAUUACAAGCUCCAUUAUAUGCGAAGCUUAAGAAGCGUAUGAGCACUUUGGAUAUAUUUUGUGGCGCUGGAGGAUUCUCUGAAGGUUUAAAAGCAUCAGGAUUGAGUGAAACCAAAUGGGCUAUAGAGAUAGAUAAAUUUGCUGCUUUAGCUAUUCAAAAAAACAAUCCAGGUGCAACAGUUUAUAAUGAAGACUGCAACUCUGUUUUAGAAACAUUACUACAAGGCGGUACUCAUAGCAAUGAAAAUCUGUUACUUCCAAAAAAAGGAGAAGUUGAAUUAUUAAUUGCAGGGCCACCAUGUCAAGGAUUUUCCUCAAUUAAUCGUUUUUCUAAUACUGAUGUUGCUCAAUUAUCAAAUUUUCUAAUAGCAAAUUGCUUAUCUUUUGUGGAUUUUUACAGACCUCGCUUCUUUAUAUUAGAAAAUGUAAGAGCAUUCGUUACACAUGAGAAAGGCAUUACAUUAAAGUUAACAUUAAGUUGUUUACUAUCAUUUGGCUAUCAGUGUCGUUUUGCAAUUUUGCAAGCUGCUUACUAUGGUGUUCCACAAAGCAGAAGACGUUUAUUCAUAAUAGCUGCUGCACCAAAUGAAAAAUUGCCUACUUUUCCUGACCCAGAAAAUAGUUUCAGUCUGAAAUCAACUUCUUUGAUAAUACAUAUAGAUGGUAAACAGUAUUCACAUUCUAAUUUAUUAAGAAUAUCGGCUCCAUAUCGUACAAUAACAAUUAAGGAUGCUAUAUCUGAUUUAUCAGAUAUGUGUCAAGAAUAUGCUGAUGAACAUGAUAUUGUGGAAAAGACUUUUUAUAAAACAGAUCCAAUAAGUUACUAUCAGAGAACGGCAAGAAAGAAUAAUAAAUUUGAAUACGUCUUAGAUCAUGUGGCAAAGCAUCAAAACAUGGUAAAUAAAGCAAGAAUUCGUUCAAUACCUUGUCACGCAGGUGCAGAUUGGCGAGAUCUACCAAAUAUAGCAUUUGUUUGUGAGGAUGGAACCCAACUAGAGAUUCUUCAGUACAAAUAUGAAAUACAAACUAAUACAGGUUUACAAAAACGUGGUGUUUGUGCAUGUUCAAUGGGUGGUAAAUGUAGUAAGGAAGACUAUCAAUUGAAUACUUUUAUACCAUGGUUUUUACCGCAUACAGCUAAGCGAAAUAAUAAUUGGGCAGGACUGUUUGGGCGUUUGUGCUGGAAUGACGUAUUUAGCACAAUUAUAACAAGUCCUGAGCCCACAGGCAAGCAAGGAAGAGUUUUGCAUCCAAGUGCAGAUAGAGUGAUAAGUAUCAGGGAAUGCGCGCGUUCACAAGGAUUUCCUGACGAAUACGAAUUUUUUGGAAAUAUCUCCGAUCGAUAUCGUCAGAUUGGUAAUGCUGUUCCACCACCUGUUGCCACUGCAAUUGGAAGAGAAGUAAUAAAAGUUGUUUUAUGA